AUGGGCAAGGUUUCCCAGUGGCGGGCCCUCGCGCGGUGGUGGUACGUUCAGGCUGAGGGAUACGUCUUCCAGCACUGGAAGGAGCUGGUCUUCCCUAGCAAGAUCCCCUCUCGAUUCGAGACCAGGCUGACACAGAUAUCGUACAAGGAAUACUGGUGGGUCCGGCGCCACCUCGCAAAGCGACAGACGAAGCAAAUCUGGGCCAAUUUGUUCCUUGCUGUGGAGCAGGAGCUCCGACGCGUCAGAGAUUUCGCGUCCGCCGUCCCGCGCGUCGUCCGGCAAAAAGCCCUCGAGAUCCAGGACGGCUUCACGGAGUCCGACGCGCCCGCGAACCGGGCCGAAAAGGACGCCUCGCAGGCGGCGACGCGCCACACUGAGCGCCCGGACGAGCCCGCACGCCCGGACCCAGCCGCCGACUCGACCCUCGGCGACGAGGCGGCCCGCCUGCGCGAUGCAGCGGCGACGACGGCGUCGACGCUCGCGAGUGCGGCACGCGCCGCCUUUGCCAGCGGAGAGGUGCAUCGCGCAGCGGAGGGUGCUGCGCGCGAGACGAUGCGGAGCAAGGAGAUGCAGCAGGGCAUCGCGAACGUGAAGUACCUGAAGGAGCAGGGGCAGCGGGUGGCGGCGGAGGCGGCGCCGAGGUCGCGGGAGCUCGUACAGGGGUUUCUGCAGGGCUACAAGAAGGGAAUUGCCGACUCCGAAACGGCCGAGAGCCCGAUAGACGGGCUGAAGCGGGCGCUGCGGAGGAUCGAGGCGGACGACGCCGCGGAGCGCGCCGACGCGGCCCCGCAGAAGGAGGGGAAGCCACGAGAUACGAAACAAUAA